AUGGACACAAGUUGCUCUUGGGGAGAUUCUGACUGGACACAAGAGACUACAAAUCAGACGCAAACAGAAUCUUUAUCUUCAUCUCCCAACACUGUGUCACCGGUGCCGCUAAACAAUCUGACCAGUGCUCCAAGGUUUGGAACAGUUACUCCAAAUCGCAUCUUUGUAGGAGGAAUUGAUUUUAAGACUAAUGAAAAUGAUCUGAGGAAGUUUUUUGCUCAGUAUGGCAGCGUGAAAGAAGUGAAGAUAGUAAAUGACAGAGCUGGAGUAUCAAAGGGGUAUGGCUUUGUUACUUUUGAAACCCAAGAAGAUGCACAGAAGAUUUUACAAGAGGCUAAAAAACUUAACUAUAAGGAUAAGAAAUUGAAUAUUGGUCCAGCAAUAAGAAAACAACAAAUACGGAGUCCUCGUUCUACUGUAAUACCAGAAGCUGGUACAAUGUACUUAACUACUUCAAGUGGAUAUCCUUAUAUUUACCAUAAUGGAGUGGCUUAUUUUCAUACAUCUGAAGUUGCUUCUGUUCCGCAGCCAUGGCCAUCACGCUCUGUUUCCAGUUCACCUGUGAUGGUAGCUCAACCAGUUUAUCAGUCUCCUACAUACCAUUAUCAGGCACCAACACAGUGUCUUCCAAGUCAGUGGCAGUGGUCUGUUCCCCAGUCUCCUACCUCUUCACCUUCAUUCUUGUAUCUGCAACCAUCUGAAGUUAUUUAUCAGCCAAUAGGGAUUACUCAGGAAAGUGGAUGUAUACCUCCUCCUCCGCUUGUAGUGGAAGCUGCAGUUCCUGAGCUGUAUUCUGAUCAUGGAGUUCAAGCACCACAUCACCAGCCUUACGCCCAGAGUGCCAUAGCCAUGCCUGCACAUAAAAUCCUCUGGAGAGGCACGGAAGAGUGCAAAAGCAACACUCUGGAGCAUUCACUAUUAAGCCAUUUGGGCAGCUCUAGUCUACCUGUACCAAUUUUCUUGUCAAGUCCUUCCCAUGUGGCUGAGAUCCAUCAUCAACAUACCAGCUACCUGUUGUGAAACUUGAGGAAUCAAGGUCACAUUCUGUGAGAAGAAAUUUUUCACAUCAUUCAUCUGUGAGUCUGAAACCUCAAUAUGCAUGAAGUUCCCAUUUUCAUCCUAGAAAAGGUUACAGAAUGGAAGAUGAAAUUCUUACACCAGCUUCUUCUACAGAUUCUGUAAAACAGAUUUUUAGCUAUCUACUUUGCUAACGUACCUAUCACAUGGAGGAUAUGUUCUUCCUAACUUCUAACAUUUGCCUGAAAAUACAAGGAGGAGUGGUAUUUUAACUUACGCAAAGAAAUAAAAUGAAAUUUUCUAGUUUGGACAGGUGGAAAUACAUUAAACCAUGACUUCAUUAAGAAAGUAAAUGCAGGAUAAAAACAUUGUUACAGUACAAAAUGGUGAUUUCUGAUACACAGCCUACUGUAUAAACUUUGGUUACUAACAUAGAUUGAAAACCAGCAUACUCUUAUUAAAGGGAAAAUUUAACAUUUAAUUUCUGGAUUGCAUAAACUUAGAAGAUCCAUUAGUUACAAAGUAAAAGCCAUUUUUCAACAUACGCAAAGCAUUUUUGUGCUGUGGGUUAAAAUCUGGUUAUUUAAAUCUAUGUGCAUUUUCUUUCAAUUCCAAUAGAGUUUGUCUACUUAGAAUUUUUUUUGCAAUCAGUAGUUUCUGCUCUUAUAAAGUGUUUUACCUAUGUGUCACUUUAGUGCUUGGGAAUAAUAACGUCUUAAAAUAAAAUUUGGACCACUAGUUUAACAAUUCCUUAUACUUAUGAGGCUGACAUUUUUCUUGCAGAUGGUAAACAAUAAAUUUUGAGUUUAUGGUAUGGUUUUAGCUAUGGAAAAGGGCAAGAAUUGACUUUUUACCACUACAAGACUAUUGAAGACUUUUCCUUGCUGCUUUGACUUUCUCUGUCUGUGCAAAACUUAGGCAUUCCUUUGCAGUAUCGCGAGUUGAGAUGGAAUAUUACUUUCUCCUCCACUGCAGGAAGAUAAUUUUCCUUUUUUAUCCCUGUGCUUCCCCUCUCACCCCCGUAAGAUUCCUUCUGUGUUUUGUAAAAGUCAUUCCUCAAAGGUUUAAUAUACAGCCUCUGUAGUUAAUACGAGUGUAAGCAAAAGCUUACUGCUUAUGUAGUACUGAGGUCUUUAUUUUAUGGAUGUAAAAUAUCCUUGAGCUUUUAGACAUUUUUAUCUGCUCUAUAGUAAUUUGGGGGUUUUAUUUUUGUGGAUUUUUCUUUUAAUCGUUCAGGGAUCUUAGAGUAGGCAUUAUAGUAAGUAAUCCAUGCAUAAUAUGUAAAUAUAUUUAAAGAUAAUUCUAGCAAUUGAUAGCAUUCCUUCAUAUUGUGCAGGAAGAGAGGUGGAGUCUGGUUCUGUUCUUACGCUGUUUUGAACUUCUUCUGAAAGGAGAUGCCAUGUACUAUGAGUUAGUUGCAAGUUUCCUCAAGUGACUUUCCAUCUUUUGCUAGGUAGAAAAAUCUCCACAGAUAGAAUUUAAUAGUCUUCUGUUUGUAAAAGCUUGUUACCACAGCAGCAGUGGGGGAUUACUUUACCAGUAAGUAUAGGAAAAGAUACACAAUUUGCUGGAUACAUGGGGAUCUCAGCCUACUUUUGAGGGGGGAAGUACUCAUCUGGUGAAGUUUGUCAUGUUUCUGAGCCAGUCAGUACUGCUAAAAACAACUGUCUGGUUAUUCUUCUGUUUUAGUUUUAGAUUUUAGAAUUCAUCAAUACAAAUAUAUUACAGAAAGCUUGACACAUUAUAGCAAUAAUUAAUUUCCACAGAAGAAUUUUACAUGGUAAAUAUAUUUUUUUAACGAAGUGCUGUCUCUGAAGGUGCCAAAGGGUUGUAUGUUAGAGCCUUAUUUCUUGUAUAAUGAAACAAAACCACAUUUGACCCAGGAUUCAGAAGAUUUAAUUCCAAGUCCUUGUUCCUGGAAUUCACAAUUUGUUUACCAAACAUGACUUCCCUGUUUUUUAAAAUGCUUUAGAGAUCCAAGCAGUAAGUUUUACAGUGAGUACUAUAUUAAGCAAAAUAAAUGCUUACAGGGAAGUUUUUUUAACUGAUUGCUUGAAAGUGUACGAAUACUGUGCAGUCACUUACAUGUCGUUAGAUUGUGGCUGUGGUCCAGAUACUCACAAAAUGUAGUUUAUUUUCCAUUAAUUGGUACAGAUGUUAGAUCGUUGAUAAUGAGUUGAUCCUGUGGCCUUUGCUUCAAAGAACACUCACUUUGUUUUUACUUCCAUGUGAACUUGAUCAUUUGGAAGGAUAUUUGGUGUUAGGCACAGAAGUAUACCUGUGGUGUGGCCCCUGUGGGGCCUGUAACAUCAAUGUGGAGGUACUGUUGGUUAGGAUUGUAUCACCAGGUCUUAAAAAUGCUUCAUUUUGAUCUGAGAGACC